AUGGCGGCGCCCAGGGCCGGGCUGGGAGCGGGAGCGGGAGCGGGGGCGGGGGCGGCGGCGGCGGCGGGGGUCCCGGGCCGGCAGGGGAGCUCGGGGGUGGAGGUGGUGUUUCCCUCCGAGCCCGCCCCGCCCGCCCCGCUGUGCCCCCACGGGCCCACGCUUCUGUUUGUGAAGGUGAACCAAGGGAAAGAAGAAACGCGGAGAUUCUAUGCCUGCUCAGCCUGUAGAGACAGAAAAGACUGUAAUUUCUUUCAGUGGGAAGACGAAAAGUUGUCAGGAGCUAGACUUGCUGCCCGAGAAGCUCAUAACCGAAAAUGUCAGCCUCCUCUCUCCCGAACGCAGUGUGCAGAAAGGUACUUGAAGUUUAUUGAGUUGCCCUUGUCUCAGAGAAAGUUUUGUCAAAGAUGUCAGCAGUUGCUGUUGCCAGAUGAUUGGGAGAAGCAUCAUGAGCAUCGGGUAGUAGGUGAUAUUUCUAUCACCCAGUUAAGAAGGCCCAGUCAGCUUCUUUAUCCAUUGGAAAACAAGAAGACAAAUGCCCAGUAUUUGUUUGCUGAUCGGAGCUGUCAGUUCUUGGUAGACCUACUUCCUACCCUUGGAUUCACAAGAGUGCUCUGUGUUGGAACACCAAGGUUACAUGAGCUGAUCAGAUUGAAAGCAUCAGAUGACAAGAAAUCUAACAUUAAAAGCCUUUUAUUGGAUAUUGAUUUUCGGUAUUCACAGUUUUAUAUGGAAGAUAGCUUUUGCCAUUAUAACAUGUUUAACCAUCACUUCUUUGAUGGAAAGGCUGCCCUUGAAGUAUGCAGAACAUUUUUACAGGAAGAUAAAGGUGAGGGAGUCAUUAUGGUGACAGAUCCUCCUUUUGGUGGCUUGGUUGAACCUCUGGCUGUUACAUUCAAGAAGUUAAUUGCUAUGUGGAAAGAAGGUCAAAGCGAAGAUAGCAGUCACAAAGAACUACCCAUAUUCUGGAUUUUCCCCUAUUUUUUUGAAUCCCGAAUUCGUCAGUUUUUUCCAAGCUUCUGCAUGCUGGAUUACCAGCGCUUCCAUAGGACGUUUAUUUGUGUGGAUGAAGCUAUGAAAUAUGGAUGUAUGUUAGAGGUAGAUUAUGAUAAUCAUGCACUUUAUAAACAUGGGAAGACAGGUCGUAAACAGUCUCCUGUGCGUAUUUUCACCAAUAUUCCGCCCAACAAAAUAAUCCUUCCUAGUGAAGAAGGGUACAGAUUUUGCCCUUUGUGUCAACGAUACAUCUCCCUAGAGAAUCAACAUUGUGAGCACUGUAAUUCUUGCACCUCCAAGGAUGGCAGGAAGUGGAACCACUGCUUUUUCUGCAAAAAGUGUGUAAAACCUUCCUGGAUCCACUGUAGCGUUUGUGGUCACUGUGCACUUCCAGAUCAUUCUUGCGGGGGCCCUAAAGAAGGCUGCUUUAUUUGUGGUGAAUUAGACCAUAAACGUAGUACUUGUCCUAAAAUUACUACAUCUAAGAAAGUGAACAGAGCUGUCAGAAAGCAGAAGCAAAGAAAAAGUAAUAAGAUGAAAAUGGGGAUCACUAAAGGACAGUCCAUGAAUCAUACAUCUGUUACAAGGAAGAAGAACAGGAGAGAAAGAGCCCAUCAAUAUCUUUGCUCUUAAAUGUCCAGUGACUCGAGAAUAAGAAAGAUUUAUUGUCCAACCUUUGAUGCCAUUUUCUGAAAGGGCCACAUUGGACUUAAAUUCUGUUGCUUUCAAAGGUAUGCACCUUUCUAAGCCAGAUAAUAGGCAGGUAGUAUUUGCUGGUUUAUGGACACCUCAGCAGCCUCUCUGGGGACAUGGGGAGGUGUUCCAUCCUGAGCUGGUUGACCAGAUCUUUCUGUGUGCCUUUUUUCUCACUUUAAAUCUCUCCCAAUCACAUGAUUUGGGCCUCCUUUGAACAACGGGCAUGCAGCAUUCUUUUGCAGAAAGUGUCAGAAGAAAAAUGAAAGUGAGAAUGUGAAGUCUGGUUUAUGUUAAACACAAGAAUGUUAAAUUAGAUACAGAAAUGUUCUAAGUUAAGUAUCAAAAUAUUGUAUGAUGACUUAAACCCCUCUUGCAAAGAAAAGUACAAUGAACAAUUAGUUUUAGACAAAAUCUGAAUAUGAUGGAAAGAAUUUCCAAAAAGUAGUCUUAAGAUACAAAGAUUAUAAUUAUGGUUUUAUUAUUAAAUACUUGUCAAGUCCUU